AUGGCCGGUGGUCUGGGAGUUGGAUACGGAGGAGGCUAUGGACUGGGCUAUGGAGGCGGCUUAGGCUACGGCGGAGGUCUUGGAGCUGGAGGAGUUGGCGUGGGAAGUAGCGUGACCUUGCUGAGAGGUGGUCCAGGAUUCUCCAAGGCCGUGGCCGGACCUGCGUUUCUGAUCAGGACGGUGCACCACGUGAACAAGGUGCACGGCGGAGGUGCCAUCGUGGCUCACAGUGGUCUCGGAGGCGUCGGCGGAGGGCUCGGCUUCGGCGGUGGAUACGGCGGUGGAUACAGCGGCGCCCUUGGGUAUGGAGGUGGACUCGGAUACGGCGGUGGUCUUAAGUACGGUGGUUACGGCUUCAAGGGUUAGGUUAUGUGUGUGUUUUUGUGAGCCCUGUAGAUAGAAUCUGGUACGGUGCCAUCGAUGGAGACGGACAGCUAUUGGCAGUGACUUUGACAACUAUUGCCAGUUUGAAUAACUGUGGUCUCCCCAAAGAGCAACGAU